GACCGUGACAAAUAUCCAACCUUUCCGACCGACAAACUGUCUUCAUCAGCGUAUACCGUCAGGAGCACCUUAACACAGAUGGAUAUAUUAAUCUCUGACCGUACCUCAUUGAAAAGCUGGGUCAGAUGGAGAAGGCCAACUCUUGCAUGAAGCAGCUGAAGAGGCAGCUUGAGGAGGCUGAGGAGGAGGCCACACGUGCCAACGCCUACCACAGGAAGCUGCAGAGGGAGCUGGAUGAUGCCACUGAGGCCAGCGAGGGUCUCAGACGUGAGGUCAACACACUCAUCAACACACUCAAGAGCCGCCUCAGGCGUGGAGGCCCCAUCAGUUUCUCCUCCAGCCGCUCAGGCAGGCGUCAGCUGCAGGUGGAGGGAACAUCGCUCGACCUCCUAUCUGACAAUGAGGUGGAAAACAAGACCACGGACGCCAAUGCCAACGAGACGCCAGCAGCUCCCCAACCAGAGUAGACGCGCUCCCUCCAGCCCACACGCAGCAUGGCCUCUGCCCCCACAAACCUUACCCCUGUCCUCCUAACCCCAGACACCAGCAGUGGACCCCACUACUCUGCCUUACCCUUCUAUGGCAAGCUGCAGGGCCAAGCAAAUCCAUCAUCUCCUCUAUAUGAAUAUACCGCACAUCCAGCCUUGGAUUCAUUUUUAACAUCAAUUGCAGAUAAAAGUGCAUUUAAAUUGCAUAGGCAUCUGAGUGUGCAUAGGCACUCGAAAACAAGUAGCAGGAGUUUACCAUAAUUAUGUUAAGCUACUUCCCUGGAACAGCCAUUAGAAUCAAACAGCCCUCUUGCUAGAAUUAACCUCUGUCAUUUCAGCUGGUUUACUGACACACAGGUGGACGACUCACACAAGUCGGUAAAAACAUGUCUUUCAUGAUUGUACAGUAUUGGACCAGGAAAUGUAAAACAAAGCACAGCAUAAGCGAGGGAAUUAUUUUUAAUUGGUAGCCUAAAUGAUGAUCCCACGAAAUGUUUUCAUCAAAACCACCACUGUCAUAGAGAUACUGCAAUCCACUUAGUUUAGUAUAUAAAUAACUGUGAAUAACUCUUUGGUAGCAGGUUUGUAGUAAAUUAGAUUGUACCAUGCCAUGUUGCCUCAGCAUUCCCCCUAUAUAUAUGACCAGCAAAAGACCCUGUUAACUUUACCAAUAUAACCUUGUCCAAUAACCCACCAUUUUAUAUUUGACAUAUCAAUCUACUUUAAGUGGUGUACGAUAAUGUGUGGAAUUAGGUUUGUCAAACUUGGA